AAAAUGUUUGCACGAACAAUUUCCGUAAAUAAACAUUGUUUAGAAAAAUUGCGAUACCUAAAUUAAUAGGGUUGUCGAAAGUGAAUAUAUAAAAAAUAUACGGAAGUGACACGUGUGUGAGAAAUAGAGAGCGCAGUACAGGGUGCGCAGUAACACUGACUAGCCCUAUAAAGGGAAGGGAAUACGCGUCCCAUUCACAAGUAAGCCGACGUCGACGUCACUGCAAAGUUGGGAGUAGCCGGGCACAACUUUCAGUUGCGCUCCCGUAUUCUUUUCGCGAAGUGUUUUGUGGUACUUUUACAAUGAAAGCUUUCUUCUAUAUGGUUGCUGUGGUACUAGCGUGCGAUGUCGCCAAUUCUUUGUUUUUACCGAGCAAAGAUUAUGGGCAAAGAAGUUCUGCAUCAGCGUUAUCUCGUUUCUCCAGAAUACGACGAUUGUCCAGACCAGCUCAUCGGAUCAUAAAUCCUGAUGAAGAUUGUUUCCUUGUGACGUCAGAGGAAGGAGAAUUGUUUUUUAAAUCACCAUCGAAUGAUCCAGUCGUGUGUGGUAUCUACAUCAUAGCUGAACCUGAUAAACGGAUCGAGGUUAUCUUUAAUUACCUCGACGUGCCCUGCGAAAACGGAGGUUUAGUUGCGUGGGUUGACGGAUGGGAGUUGAAUGGCCAAGUUUGGCCAGCAGACUCGUGGGACGAUGACCGAGUAGUGGAGUCCUGUGACCAGAGACCCUCAAGGAAACUCGUGUCCAGGCAAAAUGCUGCUCUUGUGCAGUACCGAGUCCCAGCUAGAGGAAAAGGAUUUGCUGUUACCAUACGACACUUGAAGAAUACUAAGCCGUGCAAUGUAAUGCUGUUCGGUGCUGAGGGAGUAUACACACUUCGAAAUCACGGUGAGACCGGCAACUGUUCCAUGCUGGCUGUCUCUCCAGCGACAGUUCACGUACUAGACCUGAACGUAGGCGUUACCAUCAAGAAAGGGCGCGUACUCGAAAUGGAAACUGGAACUAUUCAUCACUGCACAAAGCGGGGACUGUCUGAUUAUGUGGACAUUGGUGGCGCCAACGGACUCGAUCACACGAAAAUGGAGGUCCAGGAUAGUGUGUGUGGACUCGACUCUAAUGAAGCUCGGCGUCCGGCGUUCAUCGCAUGCGAGGACACGGUGGUCCGGCUGGUGUCCAGCGGCCGAUACCACAACUCUGUCACCCUAGCCUUCGCCCCCCUCCCUCUCGAGGACAUCGAACACGCUGACCUCAUGUGCGGACUUAAUGACCUGUAAAUGAAACACGCGCUCUUCAGUGUAGCCCCGACUUUGGCUUCAGUGAUGAUGUUUGAAUCAAAUCCUAAUUUAUUUCACGUUCUAUGACGAGUUCAAUCGUCAAUGCACGCGAAAUUCUUAACUGACCGC